AGUUCAUUCCUUGAACGAACCCAAACUCACUCAGCAGGUCCGUGUUCAUAUUUCCUGCUGCAGCUUGAACGAAAAUUCAGAGAGACAGCAGCGGACGAAGCUUCGUUAACAGCGGUCUGUAAACCUAAAACAUAUCUCUCUUAUCAGCAACUGUUCUUACUGGCACGAUGGUGAACUGCUGUGGUCUGGUCACUGACAGGAAGGAACCAGUUCCUCUGAAGAGCAUUGAUGCUCAGCUGGAGGUGAAGGACCAUGUAGCUACUCUGGUCUCCACUCUGAACUAUGAGAACAAGGAGGACAAACCUCUAGAGGCUGUGUUUGUCUUCCCUCUGCCUGGAGAUGCUGCUGUGUGUCAUUUCAGUGCUCAGAUUGGAGAAACACACAUUGUAGCUGAGGUGAAGGAGAAACAGCAGGCUCAGGAGGAGUAUGAUGAUGCUCUGAGCUCCGGUCAGCAGGCCUUCCUGUUGGAGGAGAGUGACGAGAGUCCAGAUAUUUUCUCUCUGAAAGUGGGCAGUCUGCCUCCAGGAGAGAGCGCCUCCAUCAGGCUGGAGUACGUCACUGAGCUGGCUGUGCAGGCUGAUGAUGGGCUGAGGUUCUGUCUGCCUGCUGUGCUCAACCAUCGAUACCACCCACAGGGUAGUGAAGGUCCCAGUGUCCAGGUGACCUCAGUUCCAGCCUCUCUGGUGCCCUACAGUCUGUCCUUUUCUGCCCAGGUCUCCUCUCCUCGUCCAAUCUCUAAAAUAGAGUCCAGUUGUUCUCUGGAACCUCUUCAGUACCUCAACGCUGAUCAAACUCAGGCCACGGUUAAAUUGGUUGCAGGACACAAGUUUGACAGAGACGUUGAGCUACUGAUUUAUUACAAAGACGCCCACCAGCCCUCUGCUGUGGUGGAGGCAGGACAGGCCUCUGCCAAACCUGGCUCUCUGAUGGGUGAUCCAGUGGUGAUGGUCAGCCUUUACCCUGAGUUCCCCCAAUCAGUGAUGUCCUCACUUGCUGCCUGUGGAGAGUUUGUGUUCUUGGUGGAUCGAUCAGGAAGUAUGAGCUGCCCCAUGAAUAACAGCACACCACAAGAAACUCGUAUCAGCAGUGCAAAGGACACUCUGCUGCUCCUGUUGAAGAGUUUACCAAUGGGCUGCUACUUCAACAUUUACAGUUUUGGAUCCUCCUUUGAACACAUCUUUCCUACGAGUGUGGAGUACAGUGAGAAGACCAUGAAGGAGGCUCUGGAAAAAGUUGAAAAAAUGGGGUCUAAUCUCGGAGGAACAGAAAUUCUUCGGCCUCUCAAACACAUUUACAGCCAAGCCUGCAUUCCCAAACAUCCUCGGCAGGUGUUUGUCUUCACUGACGGAGAGGUGGGAAACACCAAAGAAGUUACUGAUCUUGUUAAGAAGAAUGCAGGCUCCCACAGGUGUUUCUCUUUUGGGAUUGGAGAAGGAGCCAGCUCUGCUCUCAUCAACGGGAUGGCCAAAGAGGGCGGAGGUCACGCUCAGUUCAUCACAGGGGCUGACAGGAUGCAACCAAAAGAGAUGCAGUCACUCAGGUUUGCACUGCAGCCAGCUGUGGAGGACAUUUCUGUCUCCUGGGGUUUACCAAAGGGAGUGUCUGCCACCGUUCUGUCUCCACCAAUUAAAGCAAUAUUUCAGGGUCAGAGGUCACUGAUUUAUGCUCAGCUUACAGGACAGAGUUCAGAGGAAGCAGGCGGCAGUGUGACAGUGAAGUACAGCCUGGCAGGUCAUCCCUCUCAGAACCAGCUGCACUUCAAACUAAAACCUGCAGAGGACUCUGGAUUAACAGUCCACAGGCUGGCUGCUCGCACUGUGAUUCGCUCACUGGAGUCAGAGGAGAGGACACGAAGAGGACAGCAGGAUGAAGAAGUGAAGAUUAAGGUGGUGGAGCUCAGCAUCCAAUCAGGAGUAAGCAGCUGUUUCACUGCCUUCAUUGCUGUCAACAAAGACAGCGGCAAGGCAGUUCAAGGACCGCUGGUGCGCAGAAAUGUCCCGACAGCUUUUCUACCUCAAAUGAUGGGUUGUUCACUUCCACAAAGACCAGUUCUGAUGGCUUGUUCAGCUCCACGAAGACUAGCUCGCUCUAUUGUGUGUGUGGGUUCAGCUCCACCAGUUGAUUUCCAGAGUAUGGAUUGCUCACCUCCAAGACGGAUCCAUAGUAAAGAGAUGUCCUGUAGGAGCAACGCUGCAGAAGCCAUUGAUUAUUCAGAAAGGUCAUACCCCAAAUCUGUGCAGCCCCAUAAAGACCCUCUGCUGCAGCUGGUGUCCCUGCAGAAAGCAUCUGGCAGCUGGAUGCUUGAUGAAGAUCUGACUGCAGUGCUGGGAAAGACCAAAGAGGAGGUGGAAAAGGCAAAACCAGAAUUGGUGGGUUGUAGUCUAAAAUAAUAUUAAUAAAAAAAAAAUCUUAUAAUGUAAA